GAUUCAAGCCGGACCCACAAGGACCCUUCUUGGACCCUUCUUGCAAGGGACCAUUCCGCCGGAAACAGGGCCAGAAACCAGAGUAUGUCAAAAACACGAAGCACGAGAUUGGAUGAUCAAUCAAGAUUUUGAUUUCUUUUUCUAGAUUUUCGUUAAGAGAUCCACCCGAACUAAAAAAUGAGUUGCGCCUGUUCUGGAAUGAGCACAGAUAGUGCGGAUGGAAUUUCUCGUGGUUGCUGUCAAGACAUUCAACCUGUCACUGCGCCAAAAGCAGGAUGUUGCAAAGAAACUAAAGAAAAAUAUGAUUCAAAAGAUAUUUAUGAACUUAUUCGAAAUAUUAUGGAUCCCGAACAUCCCCUCACUCUUGAAGCAUUGAAUGUAGUUAACGAGACAGAUGUGAAGGUUCUUGAAGGCCGAGAAGUUUUUAUUUUGUUCACACCAACCAUUCCACACUGUAGCAUGGCCACAAUGAUUGGUUUGGCAAUUCGAGUCAGACUUUUAAGGGCCUUACCUCCUACCUAUAAGGUGACUGUAAGAAUUUCUCCCGGAACUCAUGUGUCGGAGCACCCAAUCAACAAGCAACUCGCAGACAAGGAAAGAGUGGCAGCUGCCAUGGAAAACCGAAACCUUCUAGAAGUCAUCGAGCAAUGCCUCAACUUUGAUGAAGACAGUGAAGCGCACUAUGACAAACCAGCAACCUGUGGAAACCCGGAUGGAAUAUCUGGAACAGCUGCUGCUUCGUCCAGCUGAAUGUCAGAGUGUGCUUGGCAGUACUGUAAGAUUCGGAUUGUAAACUAUCGAUGAAAAGGGCUAUAUAAAUUUAAGUCUAUAAAAAAUUUUUUCAUCAAAGUUUUCUAACAAAUGUUUAGUUUGAAUUUUACUUAGAGCAAAUUAUUGAAUCAGUCAAAUUAUGCAAAAGGACCGGUCUUAGUUUUGAAAUAAUUUGUCUCGCUUCUAGGCAGCCACUAUGUUUCACUGCCUGGUAGGUUCGUAUCUGUAUGUUUCAGGGUCGGAUCUUCUCCAUACAGUUGCGACACUACUCAUUGAAUCUAUCAUAAAGAGUUUCCAAAGCCCUUCUGUUGUGCGCAAGAAUUUUAGCGGUAAAAAAAGCAAAUUGCAUUGUAAAUUAAUUAGUGACGAUUUUGAAAAAUAUUAAAAAUUCCAUGUGUAUAACAACAA